AUCUUUUUCAUUAGAAUUGAGAACCCCAACCCUGAGUCGUUACGCAGACUUAUGUAAAUGCUGUACUCUUACUCAGUUUUUAUUUUUAGGCUCGCUUCCAACCCUAGUCAAGUGGCACGGGCUGUGGCAGUUGCCGAGUCGAGUCGAGAGCAAACCCAGACGUAUGUCGAGGGUCAAACAAAUACGAAUUCAAAAUGCUCAGCGCUGAACAACAUAUUGCAAAAGUUAUGAGCCGGAAAUUAAACGGAUGCUGACAAUAUUCACUGGUCCGGCUGAUGGGGCGCAUACAUAUCGUAGACGUGAACGUGAACGAAAACGUGGACGGGAACGUGAACGUGGACGUGAACGUGAUGCGUACGUGACAUGAUGGUAGCCAAAGCCCGCUCAGGCCCAAUUAGCUGGCAGCACUGCAAUUGAAACAAUAACAACUGAAUCUCAGUUUAUCGGCAACUGUUUUGCUGCCGCUCGUCAAUUGCUAUUGUUUUAUAAAAGCAGUGCGAUGCAUUUAUGCUUAGCUAAACGGCCGGCAGUGGCCGUAUGCCGAGCAUGGCCGAGGAAAAGCACCGCAUGCUCUACCAGGGCCAAGACCCCAGCCAGCCAGUGUUGCGUCCCUUCCCGAUAAUAGCCCACGUCAGCAACAGCAGCAGCGAUAGAGAUGCAAGCGUCGAUGCUGCAACUGAGCCGCAACAGCCUCCGACCUACGAUGACGCCAUGGGCACUACGACUAGUCUGCGUGUAUCAAAAACUAAAAACCACGCUCCCAGCCAUACGAGCUCCACGAUGCGGGCGACAUGCGACGGGGAAGGUCGUCGUAGGACCUUCUUUGCCGAGCCACUGCAUCUGCGCACCCAACUGGAUGAGCCGCAUCCGCUAGAGGCGCAGCCUGCACAGCCGCUGUCAGCUGAGCACCCCGCCGUUGAGCUACAAGCGGCGCCCACGGACAAUGCAAAUGUGCAGGCAAUGCCACAGCAGCAGCAGCAGCAACAGCAGCAGCAAUCUGUGCUGGUGGAACGCGUCCGCAUGCCGCAGGUGCGCAGUUUCUUUGCACUGGCGCCACAGCCGAAACUGGGUGCCAAGGCCUGUGCGAUGGUCUGCCCCGCCUGUGGCCAACAGGGACGCACUAGGCUAAGGCGCAUGCCGAACACACGCACCCAUUGCUGGGCGCUCUGGCUCUGUUCCAUUGGGUGGUGCUGCUGCGCCUGUCUGUAUCCGUAUCUGAUGAAUAGCUGCCGCACCACGAGCCACUACUGCGCCAUAUGCAAGACGUUUCUGGGCGCCCACUAUCCCAAGGAUUGUUGCCACUGAGCCGCUGCCAUUGCGUCGCGUUCUAGCUUUACAAACUUACCUAUUGUAAAUUUCGAUUGUUGAAAGUUUGUUUCGAGCAACACAAAACGAAAAUAAGUUUACAAUAUCCUAACGUUUGUAAAAGAUAUUUCUUACCUUGAGCGAAAGAAUAUUUGACAUUCUUUUAGUUCGUAAAUUAAUAAACAAAUAGGCAUCAAUUGCAUUCCUUAAAACAUGUCACGUAAA